AUGGCAUCCCAGAGAAGCUUCAGCCCAAUAUUCAAUCCAUGCCACACUGCUUCCAAGGGAAAAACCUUCAAAUUUCACACUUACAAUAAUUCUAAUGUUAGUGUAACUAUCACUGCUUCUGCCAAAAGAAAAAGAAACUUGCAAUCUCCAUUGAUUGGGAAGAACCCGAGUAGGUCGCGCCCUCUGAUCACAAUAUCCCCGUGUGACGGAAAGUAUGACACGGAAUGGACGAGUGAUCAUCUUGUAUCUUUGCGAGACCUAAACUUACAUGAUUUGAUUAAAGGCGAAGAUGAUCCACGUAAGAAUGCACAAGUAUUCAUCAACCUCUCCUUCCAAAAGCAUGCUAGCUUUGGCCUAUCAGUAGAUGCAAGAAUCACCACAUCCUUCACUUCAAGAUGCGGCAACUGUUCUUCCACAUAUUGCAGACAGCUUGAUGCAAAUUUCAACAUAUGGGUUCUCAGGGCUGCAAGUAAAGACAAGCAACGCAGCAAGACACCGCUACCUGAAAUUGGAGGCGACCCAAAUGUGAUAUAUACUAGACCAGGAUAUGAAGUUGAUCUUGAUUCUCUUGUACGAGAUGCCAUCAGGAUAAACUCAUUAGUACAAGGUACUUGCUCGGAGUUGUGCGAGAAAUCUGAGGGUACUACACUAUAUUCAGCUAGGCGAAGUGAGCCUUCGUUUGAUAAAAGAUGGUCGAAACUAUUGGAACUAAAGAAAACGAUUUCAUGA